UAUUUUGUUUACUAAACGAAUUUAUCGGCAGGUGACCAUUUGACGCACUUUAAAAGGAUUUGCAGCUUGAUGAAGUGAAUUUUCCUUUAAUGUUUAUUUAUUAGACAAUUGAUGAACCAUGUAAUUUGGUGUUUUUGCUGUGGCAAAGCAUGUGCAAGACAACGAACUUCAUUUCUGACGAUUUUUGAUUCUCGAGGGAAUUUACUUGUUUGGCGGGAAACGCAUUAGAAAGCUUGCGAGCUGCUUGGUACGGAAGGAGCUUGAUAUACUGCAAACUGUGGAAGGAAUGGAACAGUUUACGGUGAUAAAGUAAKCUUAAUUUCCAGUGACCUGCAAUAUAAUUUCAGCCAGAGCGAAGUUUCCGAUAAUUCAGAAUUGUUUUUGUCAAAACUUUGUAUGCAAACCUCGACUAUUUGUACASGUAUCCUUACUGAAUUUUAAUGUUUGUGAACUACAAUGGGUUUCCUGAAGAGCAUUUUCUACAUAUUAGUGUCAGUGUCAGUYUACUAUACUCUCAAUAACUUCCACGAAGUAUCAACAAACGUUUCAAGAGCUGUGAAUCAUGUUCUUCCUCAAAUCUUGAAUAUGUUGACCGUCACUGUUGCUACUGUUCGAGAUUACUGUACUCACGACAUGGCUAAAGACGUAAACAAGUGCAUCACGUUUAUUUCGACGAGCGCUCAAAGAGUUUUAGGGGUCCUGACACCUUUAGGAAAAGGUUUUGGAAAUGGGGUUGUACACUUGAUGGUUUCUGUCCAUGACAAUGCAAUGUCGUACACUGAAGAUGGUUUGAAUCAGAUACUAGGAAUAGAAGAUUCAUUGGUACUUCAGCAGGUACCACAAAGUCGUUACAAACUUCUUUCCCUAAUUCUACUUGUGUUUUGGAUAUUCUCUGGGAUUGUGACAUUUUCAAGAAUAUCGUACAAYAAAUUUUUCCUUGUCAUGUCAAGCUCAUUUCUUCUACACUCUGUAUUUGGGCCUGUUUGGUGCAUGCGACGAUUGGCAUUUGUCAUUGGGUUGUGCAUGUGGAUGGGGUCACUCAUUGCAGACAAGCCUAUUGUAGCAGCCAUUACAGUACUUGUGCUGUUCUUGCUAACAGGACUCAGGAAAUGGAGAAAGAGACUUCAAAGAGUAAAAAGUGCUGAAGAUUUAGUCAAGUUCAACAAAACAAUGGAGCAGAGAAUUGACGGAAUUGAAAAGAAGCUUGAUAUGAUUCUAGCUAAAAUGGACUUUUUUGUUGAUAAAAGCAAUUGUAAUGACAGAAAACGUUGCACUAGAGCUUGAAAGCAAUCAAAAUAUAAAUUGUAUUGUUUGUUUUAAGGUAAUUGCCAGUCAAAAGACGAUUUCUGRUCAAUUCCUUGUGUUGGUUUUGCUUGGACAUUCUUUCCAAUCUCUAUUUAUUGUUAAUUCAUAUCUGUGAAAAGAUUUUGUGUUGGUCAAGUAAUGCAGUGAUCAAUGAAGACAAAUGAUUAGUUAAGAGGUAGUGUUUGUUGUUGAUCAAACAAUAUCAUUGCAUGUGUAUCAUAUGACCAUCCAUGAACAUAAUUUUGCAAAAAUUCUUUAAGUUAAUGUUCAAGUUAAGUAUAAUAGUCCUUUAAUAAUAAACAU